AGAGAAUUUUCAUCGCCUUCGUCAUAUACAAGGUUUUGUUUGGUGCACGACGGUAAGACCGUAAUUUCUUGGGACAAAUACAUCAUUUUGGUUAAAAACAAAUGUUUUGGAAAACUGGAGUCGUGAAACGACAAGUACAAUCGAAGUGAAACUUUCAAAACACGACUGAAAUUAAUCGUUGGUUUUACGAGAUGUGAUUAUUGCAGUUAAGAUAAGUGAUUAUUGCAGUUAUUUGGGAGCAUCAAGGGCGAACUACUCAAGAAAUACCUCUUUAGUAAAUUGUCCAGAAUAAAUUAAUGAUCUUCUGUUCGGACCUGGUACUUUUCUCAUUGUUCAAGCACGUGUUCAAAGCAGUCCAACUAGUUCAUAUGAAACAACUACGUGAAAUGGAUUAAGGUUCUCAAGAUAUGGGUCGAAGUCGGUCUAGAAACAACGUGGAAUAACCUCUUUUUAUUUGACUCUGUAUGUUUGCUGACUGUUUACAGAUUUCAGCUCAAGAAGAAAGGUAAUAGUCGACUAACGGAAGAAUAUAUAUCCGACGUAUGACUUGAAGAAGGUAAAUUUGGAAUAUACUGUACGUUGGCAUAAACUUUGGGUCAAUGUUAACAUAUUUAAAGAAAUGGAUUUACGGAUGAUCUUACUAACUGCAAGAAAUGGUAAAAAAUAUUGCCAAUAACCCACCCUACCAAGAACAACAAGACAUUUAACGUGGAACAAAAGCAGAAAUUUUGAUAUAAGACAAAGCAUCGGUCCGCCAUCUUGAACAGAAACCUAACACGCAUGACGUCACAAGCUGGAUAAAACAAAACCUUUCAGGCAACAUCUCCAUAUUGAACUUUCAGGCAACCAUCUCCAUUUGAAACUCCAAUUUAGAUUAUUUAACGGUAGCAUAGAAAGACGUUUUGUGCAAAUUCAACAACAAAAAUAAACAUUUCGUCAAGAUUACCCCGUUUGUGAUGUCAGUAGUUUGGUAAUAAUAAACUUUGAAACAAGAUGGUGGAUAGUGGCUUUUUCCUUCCUUCUAGCUUAUACUCCAUAGCAAUAAUGAAUUUUUGUCAUCAUCGUACUUAUGGGCUGUUUAAAUGAAGCCGAGUUAUCCGGAAAGACAACAUGUGGGUCCCAUUUACUCCCGGUUUACAUGCAGUAACACGUGCGAUGUUAGUUAAACCUUACCCUGGCUUACUUGGUUAGCCGCAGAGAAAUAUGUUUAUAUAGAAUAAUUAGCACUUCGCUCAAUUAAAAUCUGUCUCUUAUUGUUGAGAUUUCGAAAAGGCGAGUUCCCUGUAUGUCCUAGGUAACCACUGCGCCGACAAAUAGUAUACUUCUUAUAACCACCGGGAUCUUACAUUGCUUUGUCGGCAGAUACUCGCCUCCAUAUGAACAGCUUCUAAGUUUCGAUCGUCUAUUGAGUACCAGCUUCGAAACAGAGACCUGGAUUUUACGGACAUUUUUCAUGCUCGUACAAUUGGCAUGGCGUAACCAGCAGCAUUUUAUUUCCCCGAAAUUUUCAACAAACUAAAACAAACCAUUCUUACUAAAAAGACGACAUUUACUUUAAAAGCAACAAAACGGAAAACUAUUACCAAAAUUUGGUAAUAUCGUUCUUACGUAAAUGACGUAAUUAAAAUAACAACCUCCAAAAUAGAAAAAAUAGCUAGUUUAAUCAGUUUGACUAGCCAGUUUGACUAUGCAUGGGAAAAUUCUCGACAAUCUUUGUCUACUGUCCAGGUGUUAAAUAAUGAAUGCCCAAAGAAAAUGAAUUUUUAAAGUACAACUUAAUUUCUAUUAUUAUGCAUUGAGAUGUAAAGUAGUGCAUUAUGUGAGAAACUGCCAGGGUAGUCGACGUAUGGAGAGAUCUUGUUUAAGGACUUAUCUAAAGACACUGUUUAAAGCUAGACUUGUUUCAAAAACAUUUUAGCUCUUUGUAAAAUUUGUUGCGGCAUAACAAUCUGGACAGAGUUUGGCCAAAGUCGAUAUUUCAAUACUGGCAUAAGUUUGGUUGACUGCUUAAUUAACGAGGGCAUGCACUUUGUGAACUGUUCGUGGAUCACACUCUUCAUUAUUCAGACAACCUUCAUUACUCGUUUCAUCUCGACCGAUCGCUAAUGUUAAUACAUUUACGUCAUCACUCUGGAACGUAAAUUUCAAAAACACAAGAGGAAGAGCAGCAACUGUGCAAACGAUUGGAAUAAAAAAUUAAAAAGAUGGUUGUAUAUGGUUGUGUAAAGCGUCGUGUCAACUACUGUAAUUCAAUUUUUAAUGUAUAGUACGUAUUUGGUUUGGAUUGAUCAUUGGCUUACUGCGUCUAACUGAUGAAUACAUUCUGGCUUAACUGAUUAAUAAAUUCCAGCGUUGCAAGUCUCUUCAGCUGUUCCUCCCAUCCUCUCAUUUGGACGUCACAGUUCAAGUGCUACUGAUAUUUCCAGUUCUGUCACUCUUUGAUGACAAACUUCAUUAUUCCUUUUUAUCUGCAUGACUACCGCUAAAUUAACAUUCAAGUUAUCACCCUCAAACGUAAACCUCAGAAAGAAAAGGAGAAUGAUGUACUUCGCAAAGAUUUCUGAGAGACUUUUAAUGCUUCGUACUUAUCUGCAUUGGAAUGUGAAUCAGUGAAUGCAUUGGAUAUUAAAUACCACUGAGCGUUCGAUGUGAGCAGUGUAUUAUGAAACCACGCACAGAACCAUGCAGAGUUAUGAUCCGUGUGUUACAGGUCACGAUUUGGAAAGGAAGUGCAUGAUACCGAUAUGGUUCUUACGAUAAUUCCCAAAGAACAUGUUAGAAGCAAAGAGGCGCUAAUGCAAGAAUUAUUUUCUACGCGUGGGAGUUGUCAUGCAUAGGACGCACUGAGCGCUUGUGAUCAGUAGACAAUUACUUCCUGGAAUUAAAACGUCGCAGAGAAAAUCAAUAUUAACCUCUGGAAAAUAGUGACUGUAAAACUGUAAUGGCAUCGGAUUAGAAAAUUAAAUGCUUCUGGAUUAAAGCUGGCGUAGGAGUUGCAUUGGUAAGUUGUCAUAUGGACAUGACGAAAUACAGCUGUUAUAAUGCGAGGCAUUCUAAGAGCAUUUGUACAUUUACGAUGACUAAAUGGAAUGAAAAUCUGCAUGACUUUCAAGCACGUCAACCAAUAUCUUUGCCAGAAUGCACAAUUUUCCAUCAUACUACUCAAAUUACAAAAACUAGAACUUCGGGUUUGGUUAAUAUUCUGUGCAGAACACAUUAUUUGUGUGCCGUAUACUUGAUAAAUUAGAGAAUUUUUGCAUGUUUUGUACUGAGAUUUUAAGAUUAUGAGUUUGUGAAGCAGUUUGUUAUGCAGCACGCCAAAUAUAACUGUAUAUAUAUAUAUAUAUAUAUAUAUAUAUAUAUAUAUAUAUAUAUAUAUAUAUAUAUAUAUAUAUAUAUAUAUAUAUAUAUCUUUAUUGACCAGAGAAGCAUAUUGGAUGGCACAGCUGUGUACAAUUAGCCCUUAUGGCCUCAAUAAGAGAUCUAAACUUCGAUCAAAAAAUAGGAUCCAUUACAAGUUGUAAUAAUCAGUAUUAUAAUUAUAACUUAUAAGCAAUAUUAUGGUAAUUUUGAUCCUAUUAUUGAUCCUAAUUAAUUUGUUUACUACAUAACAUGGUAAUUUUGAUCCUGCCAAUGCUAUAAAAGCUAGACAUUGUUAAAUUGUAAUAUAAACUGUAACCUGAGUAUCAGGCUCUAUUUUACAAAUAGAGCCUGACGCAAAACUUAACCUGAUCGCUUUCCGCCCACGGCAAAGUUUAUAUUUAGUAUCCAAUGAAAAUGUCGCAGGAGAAAUUUAAAUUUCACACAACGACAACAACAAUCUAAUUAUAGCAUACCAGCCCACUAUUAAAACGGCUGAAUUUAAAUUAAAACUGCAAUGAACUUAUAAAAUUAACAAAAAUAAUCACAAAUUAGCGAAAUAUAUUGCAAAUGUAGCUUAUAUUAAAUCGCCACCCGAUUGCUCUCUCCUCCGCAGAGGUUUCAGUGACUACAAUGAGCUUUACAUGGCGCUUACCGUAUUUAUCAACAAACUGACAUAUAAUUAUAAAGUAUAUAUAUAUAUAUAUUAAGUAUACUUUAUAACUAUACGUCAGUUAGUCGAUAGUGCAAUCUGAUGGCGAUUUAAUAUAAGCUAUAUUUGCAAUAUAUUUCGCUAAUUUGCGAUUAUUUUCUAAUUUUACUGCAGUUUUAAUUUAAAUUCAGCCGUUUAGUGGGCCGGCUAUAAUUGUAGUUGUGAUCGUUAUAAAAUAUAUCAACAACAAUUAGCACCAGCCAAUCAAAUGCCAGAUUUAAAAAAUCGUUUGUCUAAUCGGCCAAUCAGCGCUCAGUCCAGAUUCUGGACUGAAUACCCAGGCAAAAUGCCGCUUUUGUGUCAGGCCGUACUUUUCUCCCCUUCACCCGCGACCAAAACAAAAAGUAUGAACAAAAAAUGUAAAUCACAUUACAGAAUAUAUUAAUACAAAUAUACAGAAAACUGCAGCAAAUACAACAAUAUAUAUAUAUAUAUAUAUAUAUAUAUAUAUAUAUAUAUAUUGUAUAUAUAUAUAUAUGACAAUCUCAUACUAUGUAACGUGUAUUAGGAUAUUACAGUUUAUAUGGCUAAGUCGGCCAUUUUACUUUUCUCACGAUGGAACUUAACUUGUCAGUUGUCAUGUAAUGACAGAGACUAAGCCACAUUAUCUAAAUCACUCAAAACUAGUUGCACAGACAGAAAUGUGAACAUGCUCGCCAUUCUACCCUGUCGAAACUUUAAUAUCCUAAAACACUCUUAACGAAUUGAAAUCCAAUAUAUAUAUAUAUAUAUAUAUAUAUAUAUAUAUAUAUAUAUAUAUAUAUAUAUAUAUAUAUAUAUAUAUAUAUAUAUAUAUAUAUAUAUACAUAUAUAUAUAUAUUUUUUAUGUCUAACUAAUUGAAGUAUAUACUUUUUCAAAAAAUCGUUCUACUUGUUUGAUCACGGUAUCAAAACACGAGAAAAUAUUCAAUGAAUCUUGAGGGGUAAUGCUCAGAGAGAUUUUUUGCUUUCGAGUGUUUUGAUCAAACACGCAGAACCAGUUUUUGGAAUGACAUCCCGAAUGACAGGCAAUGAAUCAAUCGGUCACCUGCACCGUUGUGGGAUGUUUUGUGGUUAGUGGUUUUUGUGUAACUAACAUAAUAUGAAAUGAAACACUGGUUGGUUUGGUGAGGAAGUAUUCGAUACAACAGCGUUUUACCGAGUUUGAAAGCCCACGACAGAUUGAGAUUGCCUGAUUGAGUGAGUAAAAUUCGUAUGAAUUAUUAAUGAGUUUGGGAAACCCUAUUUGACUUUAAGAGCAAAUUGCAUUUGGGUAUAUGUGUAAGAGAGCACUUCACUUGCGAUGGUAACUUCUCAAAAUUGUUAACAAUUCGUGAGUCAAAAACAAAUUCGUCACGUGAUCGCUUUUAUAUUCACUACUAUAAAAGCUCAUGUAAUUUUCCCGACCCGCGCAACUUUCCGACCAAGGGCCUUGCUAUAAACAGCUACAGUUUAUCAUACACUUAAAAACCGUUUAUCUCAUUUAACAACAGCUCGAAGGUGCUUAUAUUCACGGCUAGUUGUACUUCUGUUCUAAAUUAUUGUAGGAUAUAAGCGAAAGAGUCUGAUAUGAUUUCCGUAUACCAGUCUCGUGUGAAUAUGGUCAGGGUGUAUAAAAAAAACUGAACAGAUAUGAAUAUGCUCUCAAUUUCGUAAAACAGCUAUUAAUGUCCAGUUUUUGAUGUAUAUAGCUUCCUUGGGUAUAUAUAAUGUAGAAUAAUGAAGAAAAAUUCUCGAACUCAAAUUUUGUGAACCAGGGGGGUGGGGGUCUUUUCCAGCAAACUGAAAAUGGCUUGCGCACGAAAUUUAAAGCUUUAAUCAUAAUUAUUAUGAGUUAACAAAUGAAAAAUUUGUUAUGUUUUUAAUUAUUGUACAAAAUUUCAUACAAUUUGCUUUAGUUUGAUUAAUGCCUUUACUUAAUUUGCAUAUUGCUGACAUACGCAAAUUAGGCAAAUGCAUUAAUUAAGCAUGAAAAUAGUUGAUUUUUAGGAAAAAAUGUAAGUUCGCGCAAAUAGUUAAAGGGCUUAAACUUAAGCAAAUUGUCUGAAAUUUUGUACAGUAAUUAAAAACCCAAACAUUUUUCAUCUAUUAACUCAAAAUAUGAUUAAAGCUUUUAAAUUUCGUGCGCAAGACAUUUUUAGUCUGUUGGAAAAGACACCCCCUUCCCUGGUUCACAAAAUUUGAGUUCGAGAAUUUUUUUUCAUUCUUCUACAUCAUAAGUACCCAUGCAAAGAAGCUAUAUACAUCAAAAACUGGAUACUAAUAGCUGUUUUGCGAAAUUGAGAGCAAUUUCAAAUCUGUUCAGUUUUUUAUUAUACACCCUGUAGUUACUAUAAUUCCAGCAAUAAAUAAACUGUUUAAUUUUUUCUGUGUUGGUGUUGUGUACUCAGGUGAAUAUAAUGUUUGUGAUGUUACUCUGAGUGUAUAUACACACCGAGCGAGCUUGAAAAAUAUGCCCGGCCACGGUGGGAAUCGAACCUACGACCUUUGGAAUACUAGCCCGAUGCUCUGCCAACUGAGCUACGCGGUCAGGACGGUUCGAGUAAGUGAUAUUUCGGAACAGAAUCUAGUUCCUUCGAUACCAAUGUAAUCUAGUAAUAAGAUUUUUUCUGUGUUGGUGUUGUGUACUCAGGUGAAUAUGAUGUUUGUGAUGUUACUCUGAAUGUAUAUCCACACCGGGCGAGCUUGAAAAAUAUGCCCGGUCACGGUGGGAAUCGAACCUACGAUCUUUGGAAUACUAGCCCCAUGCUCUGCCAACUGAGCUACGCGGAAGGACGGUUCGAGUAAGUGAUAUUUCGGAACAGAAUCUAGUUCCUUCGAUACCAAUGUAAUCUAGUAAUAAGAUUUUUUCUGUGUUGGUGUUGUGUACUCAGGUGAAUAUGAUGUUUGUGAUGUUACUCUGAAUGUAUAUCCACACCGGGCGAGCUUGAAAAAUAUGCCCGGUCACGGUGGGAAUCGAACCUACGAUCUUUGGAAUACUAGCCCCAUGCUCUGCCAACUGAGCUACGCGGAAGGACGGUUCGAGUAAGUGAUAUUUCGGAACAGAAUCUAGUUCCUUCGAUACCAAUGUAAUCUAGUAAUAAGAUUUUUUCUGUGUUGGUGUUGUGUACUCAGGUGAAUAUGAUGUUUGUGCAUCAUGUUACUCUGAGUGUAUAUCCACACUGGGCGAGCUUGAAAAAUAUGCCCGGCCACGGUGUGAAUCGAACCUACGACCUUUGGAAUACUAACCCAGUGCUCUGCCAACUCAGCUACGCGGUCAGAACGGUUCGAGUUUAGUUUUAACAGCAUUUCGCUCAGUUCUCCUUUUGGCCCUUGUGUUGGCGUAACAACGCGAAAUGACGUAAUGCUUAUCUGUAUAGGAACGUCACAUUUUUUGAAAUUACACCGACUAAAAUGCAAUCCAAAAUGAUAGUACAAAUAAAACUCUAAAAUUAAAGGAGAUUCAGAACGCUCUUCGAUAGGAACCAUCAAAGCGAUGAAAAGCGGAUUCGUACACGAAUCAAAUCUUAGAAACAGACCAAUAGGGUAUAUUGAAAUUAAAAUACCAUUUGCCAUUCCAGACAUUCAAAGUCCUUGAGGAAUCAGUAUUUUAAUUUUGCUCAAAUGUGGAUCGGAGCGGCAUAAGCCGCUGAUACUGAUUUUUUGCGGCGCAGAUAGUAUAGUUAUAGAUUUACGUGUAUUUCCCGCUAUUCGUAAGUAGCCGUACUUAGCUCGUAAAAAGCGAGGCUUAAAUAAAACUACUAGAAAAUACAUGCAUGCAGAAACCCUCGCCUUGCUGACAAAACCGUGGUAUUUUCCGAACAUGAAGUAUCUAGAACAGUUGUCAUGGUAACACGAUAAUUUUUUUAAGAAUAUUCUUACAAAUCUCCUAAAAAUAUCACUUUUAAUUACAAAGUUAUCAAUUUCCCAACAUAUAUAUGUUAGGUAUGUUAUUAUACGUAAUAUAGGCUUCAAUUUAAGAUAAAAUUCAACCACAAACGUUUCGCAAAACGUUUUAAAGUGUUCUUUAUAUACUAAACAGCCUUUUAUGAUUAAAUGGCUUUAUCGAUAAACUUUGAGUUUGCAAUAAAAUGAUUUCAAAUUCUCGCUUGCAAACAACUUUGCUCUCUUUUUUUUAAAAAAAAUUCAAUAUAAUAAAAAAGGGAAUCAAUAUUAAAGAUACACUGAAAUUAUAUGCUGUCUUGUUUAGUUGUUUCAUAGUUUCAUAUACGCAAAGGCCGUCGGGUUUUAAAUCCAUUAUAAAAUCAAUAUUUAAAACAAAGACAACAAACUUACCUUAGUUAAUGUCGGCUCCCUUCUUUUAGCCGAUUCUUUCGCUCUUUCUUGAUGAGAAAACUUUUGAAAUUUACAAAAUUAUGCAAAAUUGCGAGCAAAAAAUUCAUCAAUCAUCAAAUCAAGAAAUGUUUGCUUUUUCGCUGUCGUCAUGCAGUCGUUAUAAUGCAAAUUUGAAAUUGGACCAAUCAGUGUCCGCUAUUCAUGACAGUCCGCCAUAUAUUUGAGAUCAGUGAGGAUGACCACCCACGGUUGGUCACCCACGCCCGCGAUAUUUGAUGAACUUUAGACUCCGCUAAUGCUUUCGUUUCCCCGGGUGUAAAUAGCCGGGGGGAAUUAGUACCCUCGCACGGCGCUUCGCGCCGCCGGCUCGGGGAUAAAUAUAUUCCACAUUCCCACAAUGCGCGUUGCUGAUCCAAUAUUUGUUUGCAUUGCAUGUUCAGAGGAUCAUCGAGAGUAAGAAAUGACGACUAUCAAACGUGUACAUCGACACUAAUCAAUUAAAGCCGUAUACCCAAAAAAUAAGCUAAAUGAAAGUUUGUACAUGCAUUAACAACCUAUAUCUCGCGCAUUAAACCAGUUGAAUGUAUCGCAUUGCAGUAUUUGAUUUCUUUAUCGUGCAAUAAAGUUGUACACUAUAAAAUAUUAACAUUACCCAUUGUGGUUACUAUGUGUAUGAUAAGGGAUACAGUUUAGGAAUAUUAAUUCAACAUCCCCUUCCGCCAAGGUUUCAUUUCCUUUUAUUAAAUAUAAAAUAUUCAACCGGUUUCAGCAUGUAGCUUGUACAUAGUAGUAGAAGAACUUUAUUUAUCCACGCUGACCCCGUCAACCGUAGCUGAUUUCCACGGGGGGCGUGUGCCAGAAAAUUAUUUUACAUGCAGAAUAUGAUAAGGAUAAGCUAAGCUAUUACAGUAAUAUAUAAAUUUAAAAGAUAUAACAAAUGUUUUGAGCUAUUUACAGGUAAAUUAUAUUUACAAAGGUUACCAAGCACUAAUGUGAGCAGUGAUUUUAUUUCGAAAGGAAGAAAGUGUCUUGCUUUCCCUAAUUUCUUUUGGUAUAGAAUUCCAAAUGUUUGCUCCGUCGUACAUAAAACUAUUUUUCAUGCUAUUUGUACGUGGUUUUGGUAAAUAAAGACCACUUGAGACAUCCCGAAGGUGGUAAAUAGUUUUCUCACUCUUAAACGAAAAUAGAUUUGUGAGUGAUUUUGGGCCUAUUUUGUUUAAUAACUUAUACAUCAUUCUUGCUUUAGUUUUCUUCCUUUCGGUUUGGAGUGGCUCCCAGCCCAAAGUACGUAAAGCAAUCGUAUAAUCUACGUCAUUGCUUAUAUUCAGAAUAAUUCUUGCCGCUCUAUUUUGCAGUUUUUGCAGUCCUUUUGAUUGAGUUUCACCAAAUACAUCCCAUACUUCACAGCAGUAGUCAAAGUACGGACGAACAAUAGUGUUAUAUAUCAAAAUAAGUGUAUCUUGAUCAACAAAUGGUUUGAUCCGACGAAUAGCAGAGAUUCCUGCUGUAACUUUUUUGCAAAUAUUUUCGGUAUUACUUUUCCAAGAUAAAUGCUGGUCAAUUGUACUCCUAGAGUUUUGCAUUCAUGAACUUGUUUAAUUUGUAUAUUUUCAAUGUAAACAUUUGGGCAAGAAUCAGAAAUAUUUUUGAUCAUAGGUUUAGAGCCAAUCAACAUAAACUCUGUCUUAGCUACAUUGAGGCUAAGUUUAUAUUGGCUAUUAAUCAUUUUCUAAGGUUCUCCAAAUCAGAAUUUACUGCAGUCUCUAGGUCAGUCAUAGAAUUUGCUGAAGCAGUCAGAUUUGUGUCAUCAGCAAACAACCGCGGUUUGGUUUUAUUUAGACAAUGUGGCAAAUCAUUGAUGUACAACAAAAAGAAUAAUGCCCCUAAUAUAGAGCCUUGUGGUACACCACAUUUAAUCAAGGGCUCAGAUGAAAAUGAGUUUUUUAUUUGGCACUUCUGGUUUCGGUUUGUGAGAUAGGAUUUGAGCAAAGUUAGAGUUUGUCCUUUUAUUCCAUAUAGCUCUAAUUUGUUCAGCAGAAUUUGAUGAUCAACAGUAUCAAAGACUUUCUUCAAAUCAAUUAAAACUACUAGGUUAAACAUUUUUCUGUCUAGAUUUACAUACCAAUCAUUAGUACAGUCUAGUAUAGCCUUCUCCGCAGGCCUCUCUAUGGGUUCUAGCCUGCGAAUGGGUUUGAAAAAAAAAUUUUCUGGGAGAGAGGCCUGCCAUAAAUCGAACAAAAUGGACGUGUCAAUGUACCUUAGUGGCCGUGUCAAUGUACCCCACCCCCUAAGUAGGCUUUUGACCCUAAUUAUAUAUUCAGUUUGAAAUCUUCAGGCGAGGAGCGAAGCUUGCGAGUAUUAACUUUAAAAAUGUUUUAAAAUGUAUCGAAAUAUUCAAGUUAUACGAAAAUUAGUUGGUCAAUUGAAAGGAUUAUAUAUCACGAUGUCUCUCGCGGUCUAAAAACGACGUGCAAAUUUAAUUGAAUCGCUCGCUCGAAGCAACCAAAUGUUUACAAUGUAUCAAUUGUUCAGCCGAGGAACUACAAUUUGAGGAAAUUAUCUGGCAUAAUUUCGAACGCAAAACGAAGAAUGGAACGAUACGAAAGGUAUAAUUUGUUUAAUAAAGGAAUUAUAUUAAAUUGUAUUGUUUUCUGGAGUAUUAUUUUGGCAUGUUUAUUUAUAUGAAGGGGUUGAAAUUUUGAUUAUAUUUUACCAAUUUUAGUCAAAUCAUCAGACAUUUGGCAACAUGUUAAGUGAAUUGAUAUAUAAAAGGAAAAGAUCUUUCUGUUGAAGCAACCAUUUCAAUAAGUGAGGAGAGAUAACAACUUGGAAAUAUCAACUACAGAAAUUUGAUUACUACAAAAGCCUACAAAAAUCAAGAUUUUGUUGGCAUCUUAAGCCUGGUUUACAUAUGCCUGCAUUAUCAUUGUUUACAGCUGUUGAUGCAUACAUGUCAUUCUUUUGUAAAUUAUUUAUAGUUGAACUUUUAACAACAAUAGCCCAUCAACAAAUAGCAGGUAUAUGUGAACCAGGUUUCACUUGGUUAAAUAGUUAAUUGGAACUCACCCCCUUAAUUAAUAUCAUGUGAAUAUGCUAAACCCAUUAAUAAGUUGCAUUGUGACACAUGUAACAACCUCUUUCUAAUAUAGUAUAUGCCUAGUUGUGUUACACGUACUGGCCACAUGACAUCCAUGAUUUGAUAAUUAAAGAAAUUUAUGAUGUAUCUGCAUAUUUUCUAAUUAUAUGUAUCUCCUUUGUUCAUGUUCAGAGCCUACAAUGCCAGGGGCCUACAACAAGUUCUUGUUAUCUCAUUGCUUGCCGGCACGCCCCUGCUUUUACUCUGUCUAACAUCAGACAAUUUUACUAUUCCAGGGGAGAGUGCAAACAAUGGGCUAAUCUAAAGCUUCACAGCUUACAAUUAAUAUGUACCCACCAUUGAAAGACUUUUGGGUGGUUAAUGUAACAAUUAAUAGCAAAACAUGCAGGGAUGGAUUUACUGGGGGGGGGGAGGGUGCACACCCCCUCCCUAGCCCUGGCCAGGGGGUAUGUGUGUGCUAUUUUUCAUGAUAAAGCAAAAAAUAUUAGAGACAAAAUGAGAUAUUGUACACAGUACACUUGUACCACAUGGAGGUUGUUUUGCCAAAUUCUCAGAAUACUGCUGUUGCUGUAUGUUAAUGGCGGGUGACAUGAUGACACAACUCGAGUCACUCGACACCAGAGCUGGCAGAGCACCCCCCUACCAGAUCAUGCUGGAUCCAUCCCUGAAAAGACGUCUAUCACUGGGAAGUUUCCUCAGUGACUGUUUGUAUGGUUAUAGGGAAAUUUGCCUUGCAAAAUGGAUUUUACCCAUGUAAAUAUUUUGUCUGUGAACUUUGGCAAGCAAAAUGGAAUGUAUGUAAUGUCUCCAAUGGUUAAUUAACAAAUCCAAGGCAAAUGUUAUUAAAACAUUUAUUCUUCAUACAUAUUGCACCACAUGGAAAACUAUUAGAUUCUUAUUAAAUUCCAGUUGUGCUUUCCCUUAUGUCUACAUUACUCACACCCAUAUAUAAAACAGGGCCACUGAUUUAACUCGGAAAGCUUUUGCUAAUUUUCGCCACAUCUGAGACACUCAAGUUUGAAAACUUUGUCUUUGUCCAAGGGAUAAAUUGCACAGUGUAUUCCACAAUAAGAAAGCUAUUUGUUUAAGACUUUUAUUAAUGAUUUCCUUCCAUACAAGCGUAUUAAAACAAGGCAAGAGGUGUUUAUAUAUUUAAUAAGCAGGAACAGUCACAGAUGUCAACAGUUGAAUUUACAUUUAUAUAUUGACAAUUUUCGAUCGUUCCUUUUCGUGUUACAAUUUCGACUAAAUCACUUGCACUUUCAGGUUAUUAUGAUAUAAAAUCUCGUCAACAAUUUGAAUAGAAAUUUGUAUAUAUCAACGAUAAACUUUCAAUUGAAACCUUGUUUUGACAAAUGUCUUGACAUGAAUCGACGACAUUGUGAAUUCACUGCUCUGCAAAGUCACUCGUUUAUCUCUAUAAAACAAUCCCAGUAUUGGCCAGUAAAUCUCUGAGUCGGCUUUCGAUAACGUUCUCAGCUCCUUAGUCAAAGUUCCCUUUGUAUUUGCAAUGUUGAAGAGCAGGAUUAUUCGUUAAUUUUACAGUUUUACUCGUCUUGUAAGCCAUCGUGUUGAAAACAAAAUUUUCUUCACUCCUUGCCGUAAGCCCUUCCUACUCCCCCUAAGUUUGAGUUUGUCGAAAUUUGCAUGCGCGAGCCGGUAUGCGCAGUGCAAAUUUUUGUGUCGAUUUAUGGCAGGCAUCUCACCAAACUUUUUCCCACCACCCGAUUCGUCGGGUGAGAUGCCUGCGGAGGAGGCUAAGUCUAGUAGUGCAUUAGCUGUAGAGUGAAAUUUUCGAAAUCCAAAUUGGGAAUCACUGAGAAGCUCAAAUUUUGUUAAAUAGUUAUACAGUUGAUCAUACAAUAUCCGUUCCAUAAUUUUACUAAUGGCCGAUAAAACUGAUAUUGGUCUGUAGUUUCCAGGAAUACUACGCUGGCCAUUUUUAUAUAGAGGCAUCACUCUAGCAACCUUCCUUUUCAUUCAUCAGGAAAAGAAGAUAAAGUAAUAGCCUGAUUGAAAAUAAGUGGCAGUGAAUCUGAGAUGACAGGUGCAGCUAAUCAGUUAAUAAUUUUGGAAGAGAUUUUAUCGAUGCCAGUGGCUUUAUUGUUGGAAAGUCCAUGCAAAAGAUGAGAGACAUGACUGACAGUAACAGGUUGGAAAGCCGCAAAUUCUGAUUGAGCAUUUUUGACAUAGGUUUCAAAAUUGGAAUUUGAAUAAUCCAUUUUGCUAGAUAGAUGUGGGCCUAUAUUUGAAACAUAUUCAUUAAAGCCAUCCGCAAUAUCUUCAGGACUUGUCAAAUUUUGUUCACCUACAUUUAGUUCAUUUACCACUGUUGGUUUGUUUUGCCUACCUAACAAGUUGUUUAUACUUCUCCAAGCUUUCUUGGUAUUAAUUUUUUGACCAGCUAUUUUCGAGGAAUAAUAAUCUUUUUUGGCACUUCUUAGUUCAAUAUUUACUUUGUUUCUAGCUGUUUUAAAGUUUAACCAAUUAUUCUCAUGGUUUGUCAAAAUGGCUUUUCGUUUAAACUUGUCCCUUGUAUUCGUAAGUUUCUUUAUAUCACUUGAAAUCCAAGGGACUUUUUUCGAUGUUAUCUUCUUUUGCUGAAGUGGUGCAUGUUUGUCUAGGACUUCAAAAAAUAAAUUUUUCCAAAUUCCCCACAUGGCAUUUGGAUCAUCAGCAAAGAAAUACACAGUCAUAUUUCCAGUGUUGUUUUAGCAGUUCUCCAAUAAAUUUUCCUUCAUCAAAAUUUUUCAUGUUUCUAAUUUCAAGAGUAUUUUCUUGUUUUGUAACAAUAGAAAUUUUCCUGAUUGCAAAUACUAAGCUAUGAUCACUAAUACCUGUGUGAAUGACACCAGAAUCAGAGAUUUUCUCUGGCAUAUUAGUAACAAUAUGAUCAAUAAGACUGGUGGUUGUUGGAAUUAUUCGAGUAGCUUCAUCUAUCAGUUGUGUUAAUUGGUAUAAUUCAUAUAGUGAUUUUAUUUUCUUUGUUGGAAUAUUUGAAUCGUUAUUUGUUUUUAGCAUAUUACAGUUCAGAUCACCCAGGAUAUACAUUUCUUUAUUUUCAUUAUCAACAUCUUUGAUCAAUUUUUCAAAAUGAUCAAAGAAUUCUGAUGAUGCACUGGGUGGUGUAUAGACUGUGGUGACAAGAAAUGGUUUGCUAUGCGGCUUAAUAAUUUCAACACAGACAGCUUCGAGUUCAGUGGGAACUAGAUCAUUUCUUACUUUGUAAUUUAUGGAGCUACGCAAGUAAAUACAAACCCCACCACCGUUUCAUGAGUUACAUAAUCGCAUUAAGAGUGGUGGUUAUAUCAGUCCUAAUUUGACGUUCGUCCAGCUAACAUAUUGUGUCGGUCUUUGAGAAACGUCGAGGUCUAUACUCUAAGAAAAGAAGAAAAUGUUAAAACUCAUGGUUCUUUUUCUCAUUCUCGCCAUCAACGCUAAAGGUAAAAUAUUAAUAUAGAUGUACAAGUUUUAGUUAUUUUAUAGACAUAAGUUCCUGCCGUGUUGUUGACGAAUUUUGUAAUUAGCCUUUGCUAUCUUGAUCAAUGCCCACACACCAUUUUCCCGACCAUCAAAUUUUGCUGAAAUUAAUUCAAUAAAUUAGACCAACGUGAAACAACGCUCGAGAAACAGAGCGCUACGAGUUUGCUCCAGUGUGAAGACAGAAUUUUAGGUGGUUCCGUGAAUUUCUGAGGGUUAGUUGUUAGUUAGUAAAUAAUUUAAGACUCAUUAGUGAGAUUAUAGCGGGAUUUUAGUAAAGGAGGUAAACUGGCCGGGUAUUUGAAGACGAUAGUUACGCCUCUGUGGAGGAGAGAAUUAUAUAUCGAUACAAAUCUCUAAUGACACGAGUAUCCCUUCUCUCGGCCUACAAUAACAGACUAAACUCAGGCGUGGGGCAUUUUCAACAAUUUUUCAAAAGAAUAUUGGCAGCAGAUCGCUCCGAUGUUCUGUGGAGAAUGAAAAAAACUCCGAAAGAUUUCUAAAUCCAGUCAUCAAUUAAAACCAGUGGACCCUUUCAUGCAUACACAACGUAGUGUCUAGUAAACAAUGGCAAAGGCAGGCACUUGGCUUUGGAAGACAAAGCAAACACAAUGUCCAAACAAUGGCAUGCAGGGAAACCUGAAGGAAUAGAACGUGUACCUCUAGGGUCACAAAAGUAUUGAAAGGAUUUGUGGAUGGAAAUUUCGAUUGGAAUUUGUAUACAUUUAUUAGACCAAACCACGUAGCAGCAGUUGCCAAAAUGCAUCUAUCGGCACGAAUCUAACCUGUGGCCUAAGAUUUAGGUGUAGCGCUCUAACAUCUGGAAAUACCUUCAAUAAUAUACCCAAAAACGUCUAAACAAAACCCAUCUAAGGCAUAUGGGUUAAGAUUUGAAUUAUAGCUGUAAAACGUAUGUACUUUACCAUGGAACUAAAUAUCAGAUCGUCGAAUGGGAAUAACAAAUUGCUGCUAAGCAAUGAAUUGAUAUCAAAAUAUAAAAUCGAUAGGAACAUGCAACAUUCAUUCCAAUAUUUUAGAAUAAUUUAAGUAUAAAUUAAAUAAACACAAAAAAUAUUAAAUAUAAAACAUUUCUAGGAGGUUGCACUAAUUGAUUAUUUUUCCAUUUUAUCUCUCUCUUUGUGAUUUACAAAUACUUUUUAAAUACUUUACAGAAGCACACGCAGACCCAAAGGUUUGUCCAGAUGGUUGGAUGCAUCUUGUUUCAUCAUGUUAUUACUUCAGUACAUAUAAGACUAUCUGGUCAAAGGCAAGAGCAGCCUGUCAAAAGCUUGGAGGGGACCUGGCUGUUCCCACAAACAAUAAGGAAAAUGUCGCAAUCUGGAACAUUGCCAAACAAAAAAGUUUGUCUCAUCCCUGGAUAGGUUUGGUCAGACAUAAAGAUACGAAAUUUUAUACUGUCCAAGGAAUAAAGGUAUCUUAUACAAAUUGGUCACCUGGAGAACCAAAUAACCAUAAAACUGAAAAUUGUGUACAUUUGUUAAUUAACACUAAUGGCCACUGGAAUGAUCACGGUUGCCCAUGGAAUUACAAUUUUAUUUGCCAACAAUCUAGCAUUAAACGUAAGUAGACUAUUAACAUGGUAAGAAUUAUUCUUUGUUACUGAUUUGUUAACUUAUUCGCUGUCAACCAGUCAUGAACAUUUUUGAGUUCAAUAUUUAGUCUUACAUGCAUAUCACUUGCCAGUCCUCCAGAAACCGAUAAAUGCGUAUCAUCACCGUUCAUAUCUGGUAUAGUUGUUUUUAGCAAUUGGGCAAAUCAUUUAUGUAAAUCAACAAUACGAGUGGACACAGAUUGGAUCCUAUAGAACUCCACAUGCAAUAUGUUUUAAUGAAGAUGUAGUAUUAUUAAUAACUGUUAUGCGACCUCCUCUGUGAAUAAUAUUAUAAGGAAAAGCAGGCUAAUGAAGUAUUUUUGAUUCCAUAUAAUUUCAAUUUCGUAAUAUGAAGGAUUAGGCAACUGUAUCAAAUUAAAUGACUUUUUGAGGUCAAGAAAAAACCCCUCAGAAUCCAUGUUUACUAACUAUUAGUUGGUUGCAGAA